GCUGCUCAUGCUCCGGGUAUGUCAUUGAGUCUACCGACUCUCCCUUUCCAACGGCCUCAGAACACUUGAACAAGUCCUAUCUUUGCUAAAGGGCUUGGGAUAGCCGGCAAAUCAAUCAAGAACGAUGACACGAUGACUCCGACAAAUUUCGCUGCCGCGCAAGAGCGGAUUUUGGAACGUCGGCGUCUCCGUGAAGCAGAAGCGCCAAGUCGAAUCCCGGAACCAAGCACUCGUCUUCCCGCAGCUAUUGGGAAACUUCCUUAUCCGCUCUCAAGAGCCUCCGAUGCUGGGAUUAUGUUAUGGGAUACAAUAAAAGGAAGGGAAGGCACGAAGCCCGCGUUUAGGGUGGGUCAGGUAGACGCGGAGUUGUUGGAUGAAGAGCUCCUCGCACUAUUGAAAGCCCAGGUUGGGGAAGGAUUAAAAUACUUUGGGAACCACAUAAAGGAAGAUUGGACGCACGAGAUCCAGUUCGCACUGAGGGCAAUCCUCUUUAAGCUCUCCAUAUGGGAUCACAAUGCAUCCUACGGUGCGGCUCUACAAAAUCUCAAAUAUACAGAUAGCCGGAAAAAGGGUCCCACACUCUCGGAUCCCACGAAAUGGCAAAAAACAUUAUACGGCCUCUUCACAGUUGGGGGCCGCUAUACCUGGGAUAAAUGGGAGGCCUGGUUGAUUGACCAGGAAGGCGGAUAUGAUGAGCCAUCCCCCCGGGUACGACUUUUGUCUAGGAUUACAAAUACCAUUUCAACCACGCACUCAAUUGCGGGCUUCGUGUCGUUUCUCAUCUUUCUCGCCAACGGACGAUAUAGGACGCUAAUCGAUCGCGUGCUACGUAUGCGCCUCGCACCUCCAUCUACCCAAGUCAGCCGCGAAGUCUCUUUUGAAUAUCUAAAUAGGCAACUCGUGUGGCACGCGUUUACAGAGUUUCUAUUGUUCUUGCUUCCUCUCGUCGGUAUCGGGCGAUGGCGGCGUUGGAUCUCAAGGGCUUGGAGGAAAACUAAGUCGUCGCUGAGAGCAACUGAUGAGGGGGACGAGCAGGCUAAGGGCCAAGGGGAGUUGGCGUUCUUGCCCGAAAGGACAUGUCCGAUUUGCUACCAGGAACAUAAUCCAACAGCCACCUCCGAAAGUGACGUGCUGGGGGCAUCUGGAGCCUCAGGAGGGAUAAUAGGCUCUGCACAGACUGAUGUUAUAAAUCCAUACGAGACCAUGCCAUGCGGAUGCAUAUACUGCUUUGUCUGCAUUGCCGAGAAGCUUGAAGCAGAGGAAGGCGAAGGCUGGAUUUGCCUUCGAUGCGGAGAAAUUGUGAAGCAGUGCAAGCCUUGGAAUGGUGAUGUUCUCGAGGAGGUAAUACCGUCGCAUUCAACAGGCAGGAAAAAUGUGGGAUUUGCAGCCAUUCUUCCAGACGAUGAAACUGAGGUUUCAGCUCAUGCUGAUAAUAUCCCUGCCAUGUUCCCUGACGGCGACGACGACAGCAUGCAGGAAUCAAAUCAGUGGUCUGCGGUCGAGAAGGAUUUAACCGACGACACGAGCAUUGGAUCUGAAAUUAAGGGCUAAGGCCCGUAAGUAAAUAAAUAAAUAACUACCAGCUUGGAAAACAUGGCCUUCGAAUUAUCCGGACCAGCCAAAUGUUGAAUAUCUCUCCCCCUUUCUACUUGUAUAUACUUCGUUUUGACAUUAUACCCAUCCCUACCCCAUACUUGGCGUUUCCAAAAUAAUUACAGUGUUGAUGCCCCUCCUCCAUACACGCCUGCAACUUGUUAUCAUUUUCUUUCUCUUCCCUGUCUCCCAUCAAUCCCCGCCGUCCAUGUCCCGCAAUAUCUUCUACGAAGACAAUUCUAGGUUUAGCGGCCCUAGCUAUGAGAGUACAAUAUCGAUCUAUUUCCAUGUACCGGUAUCUUUUCUCUAGGGCAUAAUAUAGCUUCGUUGCAUCUUGUCAAGAAUACAUGUGUCUUCCAGCCCCUUCACCUUCGUGGCUGACCGCAAGUGCUAUAUCUAUCCACUUUUUAUUUUUGUGUAUCAUUUUGGACAAG